AUGGCCUCCACAGACGAAGAAACGCCGGCGAAUUUGCAGGAUAAACGUAACGACGUCUUUGAAGUUGAGAGCGAAAAUUUGCGUGAUGAAAACCAGAAUGUUGUCACUUCAGGACUAACAAAUUUUCGAUACUUGGUUGAUGCUUACAACACUACUAAGAGGAAUGGUUUCACAGCUGAUUAUCAGCUUGCUGAAGACGUCUGUGGUGAUUAUUCUGAUGCGGAAUAUGAUUCUAAUUGUGAAACGCAAGCCGCUAAAAAGGGCGUUGUGGUCAAGGAAGCCGUUUCCUCUGAGGGUGAAUCGAGCACCAGUCCUGUGUCUGCCAACCAAACGAGUCGUUCAUAUUUGUAUGAAAAGAACCCGUUAUUAGACCAGAGAUUUAUCCGCCUUAUCGAGCAACUUGUGCCUCUAAGAAGAGGGAUUCAGGCAGAAAGAAAAGCCACGACAAGAAAGGAAAACUUUUCUGAUAAAUGCGGCGAGAUUUGUUUUAAAGAUAUCUGCCUUAAAGAUACUUGUCGCCUGGUGUUUAAAAUGAUGAACAGGGGAAGGAGUCCACCGAUGGAGUGA